ACCCGCAGAGAGCCAUACUGUCUGGUCUGGCGCAGAUAGUUGUUCACAGAUCGGCGUUCAAGGUUCUUCAAGGAUAAAGCGUCGAGAUGUCGAAGGACGUAAGUAUUGUACCACGUGAGCCGGAGCAGCUCCGUAAGCUUUUCAUCGGAGGCCUGAGCUUCGAGACAACAGACGAAAGCCUGCGUGCUCAUUUUGAACAAUGGGGUGGUCUAACAGAUUGCGUGGUUAUGAGGGAUCCCAACAGCAAGCGAUCCAGGGGUUUUGGCUUUGUGACAUAUUCAUCAGUACAAGAAGUUGAUGCUGCCAUGUCUGCCCGUCCUCAUAAGGUGGAUGGGAGAGUGGUGGAGCCCAAAAGAGCCGUUUCUAGAGAGGACUCAAACCGCCCCGGUGCUCACAUAACCGUGAAGAAGAUUUUUGUUGGGGGCAUCAAAGAAGAUACAGAAGAAUCUCACUUGAGGGAUUACUUCCAGCAAUUUGGUAAAAUUGAGGUCAUUGACAUCAUGACGGAUCGUAACACUGGAAAGAAGAGGGGCUUUGCUUUUGUCACGUUUGAUGACCAUGAUGCUGUCGAUAGGAUUGUCAGUAAGUUCCAGAAAUACCACACGAUCAACUCUCACAACUGUGAAGUGAGAAAGGCACUCACCAAACAGGAAAUGCAAAGUGUAGGAAUGGGAAUGAGAGGAAGCAGGAGCAGUGGGGGAAGGCCAUAUGAUUACGACAGAGGCUUUAAUCAAGGUGGAAGAGGUGGAGGAGGGGGAGGAGGACGAUACGGAGAUGGUCCCUAUAAUUGCAAUAAUGGUGGUGAUGGUGGUGGUUAUGGAGGUGGUCCUGGUGGUCCUGGUGGCUACAACCAAGGCRGCAACCGUGGUUAUAACCAGGGUUACAAUCAGGGCGGUGGUGGAGGAGGAGGCGGCGGCGGCGGCUAUGGAGGAAAUGGUUACGACAGCAAUGGUUAUGGUGGCAACUGCGGUGGUGGUGGAGGCGGCGGUGGCAACAACUAUAACAACAUGGGCCAUUACGACUCCCAGGCUUCUAACUUUGGUCCAAUGAAGAAUAACUUCGGUGGUGGUGGCGGAGGCGGCAGCGGUGGUGGCAGGAACUUUGGUGGUGGCUACGGAGGAGGCUCAAACAAUCCUGGUAGUUAUGGCCGUCCAGGACGAUUUUAGGAGGACUGAUUACUUAGGAGAGGAGAGGAAAACAAGGAGAGGAGAGCAAGCGAAGUGACAGGGCAGCUGCUCAGCCAAACAGUUGUGGCAGUUUACAGCUGCUACAAGAAGAGAUGUACAGUAGAUAAAUCAUGGAGGGCCUUGAUUUAAAUUUUUGUCUUUUUGUUCUUUCUUUCAUAACAUGUUUCUGGAUUGCAAGCAUUCCAAUGAGGGUUUUAUGUUUUUAUCUUUUUGAGUCUGGUUCUUAUUUGUAACUGCAUCAAAUUAAUCUGAAAUAAACAACCUUUCAGUUUUUUAAAAACCUUGUUAGACUCUAGUGAUUUGGGUGAGGGAGGGUAUAUUGUUAGAUUCUGACCUGUUUUUAAACAUGAAGUAACAAGAAAUACCCAAGAAAAGAGAAGGCGGGAAAGGGCUCAUUUCCCAGGCACUACAAUACUUGAGGAGGGCGAGUGCAAAUGCUACCAUCACAAAGAACUCAUCACUUGGUUCAGACGCUACAAAGAUCAUCUGGAAGAUGCUAGCUUACAUGCAAAAUCUGAGGCUAGCCAUGGAGGCAAGCUGAGGGAAGCCAUGGAGGCAAGCUGAGGGAGAGAAGUAGCAAUACCAUCGCCAGGAUCAUUGAAGCAGGGGAGAGUGAGAACAGAGGCCUGAGGCUAGCAAACAGCUACCAAAAGGCUAAAAUGCUGUCUGUAGAUGACUUGACUCCACGUGAGCUCCAAAAUCUGACUUCUUUUAAGUGGUGAUGGCUCAGACAGGUUAAUGGGACAUCUUUUUAUAUGCUGAAGCAUAUCUAUUUUUACACAAAGGCUGCAGUGCAGUAAUUUUAUACUUUUAUAAAUAAAGUAUUUUAAAUAAAAA